UUCUAGUAUUGGUACGGAGCUCGUGUUAAUCGUGGUUCUUGUAACAUUCGGCUUCGGAUCGCGAGGAUUUUUGAAUUUAAUCGACUGUGGUUUCGAUUUCGAACGGGCGGGCAAGUGUUUGAAUUAUGAAUAAGGAUUGUCGCGAUUCGAGGAAUACAUACAAAAUAUAAGGAAGAAUAAGCAUCGUUCGUUAUUGGUGAAAUGAUUUUGCGAAUCUGUUGAUCGUUUUUCGAUGCAAAAGUGGUGCAAGAGAUUUGUUUUGUUCCCAGUGUAUAUCUAGUCGGCAAGUAAAAGCAUGUAUCCACGUCUGCCUCUAGUGACGAUAUGUCUAGCAGCGCUGAACCUCUGUACCUGCGCCAACAUCCUCAUGAUCACCAUGGGCGGCACCAAAUCGCACAAGAUCCCCUUCUGGGAGCUGGCGAAAGGGCUGAUCCCGCGCGGCCACAACGUCACCUUCGUCAGCGCCUUCCUGCCCGACUUCCACGUGAACGGAUUGGAGGAGAUCACCCCGCUCAGCCUGGUGUUCUACGUUAGGAACUUCACCAACUGGGACCUGGUGGGCGCCAGGAUGCGCGGCGAGGAGCCCGUCUCGCCGCUGGAUAUGGUUCGGUACGGGACAGAGGCUUGCAGCGUCCUGCUAUCCGACUCGGAAACGCGAGAUUUCCUGGACCAAAGACGCAAAUUCGACUUGCUAAUCCUCGAUGGGGCGUAUCCAGAAUGCGCUUUGGGAUUCACGCAUCACUUUAACGCGCCUUUCAUGUACAUUAAUACAGUGGGAUUUUACACGGGAACAUUAUCUUUGGCCGGAAAUCCUGUACCAUACGCCGUCACUCCGUUUCUAUCGUUGGCUUAUACGGAUAACAUGAAUUUAUACCAAAGAACGGCUAAUACUUUAAUGAAUUUGGCUGCGUCCUCUCUGCAUUCCGUGAUGGUGAAGUGGUUUAUGCAGGAUAUUCUUAGGCAGCACUUCGGCAACGAUGUACCGCCUAUAUACGAAUUAUCGAAGAAUGUUAGCUUCAUUUUACAGAAUGGUUAUGUCUCCUUGACCUAUCCUCGGGCGUAUUUACCUAACGUAGCCGAAAUCGCUUGUAUACACUGCAGAAAAUCCAAACCACUACCAGAAGAUUUGGAAGAUUUCAUCAGAGGAUCCGGAGACGCUGGGUUCAUAUACGUCAGCAUGGGUUCCUCAGUAAAAGCUGUCAACAUGCCAGUAUAUCUGAGACAAUUAUUGAUGAUUGUAUUCAAGAGUCUACCGCAAAGGGUGUUGUGGAAAUACGAAUCCGAUGAAGACAUGCCAGACUUACCCAGCAACGUCAAACUGGGAAAAUGGUUACCACAGCAGGACAUUUUAGGUCACCCGAAACUGAAGGCGUUCAUCACGCACGGCGGGCUGCUGAGCAUGUUCGAGACCGUCUACCACGGCGUGCCCAUCAUCACGCUGCCGGUGUUCUGCGAUCACGACUCGAACGCGGCGAAGGCCGAGCUGGACGGGUACGCGGUGAAGCUGGACUUCGCCACCAUCACGGCGGAGAAGCUGCUGCGGGCCAUCAAGAAGAUCAUGUACGAUCCGCGGUACAAGAGGGAGGUGAAGAAGCGCCAGGUGUUGCUGAUGGACCAAAAGGAGGAUCCGCUGCAGCGGGCCGUUUAUUGGACGGAGUACGUGCUGAGGCACCAGGGCGCGGGGCACCUGCGCUCGCCGGCGAGGCACCUGGGAGUGGUGGAGUACUAUUUGAUAGACGUGGCUUUGGUGGUGCUGUGCGGCUUGGUUGUGUUUUGGUACUCGUCGAAAUGCGUGUUGAAAUUGUUGGUGAAGCAUUUCGUUAGUUCCGAUGUGAUCGAUAAGAAGAACAUAAAAAUAGACUGAUGGCGAGAAGCUUGUUGUAAAUAAAUGACUCCUGUG